CAACCCCUCAAUAUUUUUCACCGGCCCGCCACACACUCUGGGGACUGGGUAGAUACGGACUGGAGGGGACAAUAAUCAACAUGUUGAAUUGGAAAAGGCCACCACUCAAGGUGGUCCCUGAACACACUGCUGGGACAGCAGGCGCUGCUUGGCUACUGGCAGUUUUCAGGGUGUUUUAGCUUUAGAAGUUGAAUUUAUAAAAGUGAAAGUGAAAUUUAAGACUCCAGAGGACUCCCAAUCGUGUGCAACUGCAGCCCGUAAUUCGGGGCGUUUAUGCAUGUGGGAAUUCCUGCACCGUUUCUUCCUCUUUUGGAAAGUCCCUGAAAUGUAGACAGCCUCCUUUUCAUAAGACAAGGACAGAAUGUUUUUACUCUGGUUGGUUGCCUAAACGGAGAGACAUACAGUCCAUCUGAAUAAUUUGCAGGAGUCUUUCCUACCAAACCUCCUAGGUGUCAUCAUGAGUGUGGUAACAUCCAGUCUAUCAGGUGAUCAGGAGAAGAAACUGCUUUCUCUGUUCGGCCAUGUCCGACUCAGUCUGCUGUACAAAGCCAGUGUCCAAGGCUACACGGCAGCUGCCUUUCACGCACGCUGCAACAGCCAGGGACCCACUUUAGUCGCUGCCUACAACAAGGCUGGCUUCCUGUUCGGAGCCUACACCAGCAAAGACUACACUCAGAAUGGGCAGCCUAUUAAUGACGACAAAGCCUUCCUCUACAGCAUCAAUGACGAAAGAAAAAAUCCACUGCGUGUGUCUAGUGCCAAUGGCCAGUAUGGUUUCACAGAUGAAAACACUGGCCCGAAUUUUGGUGCCUUGGUAUUUCUGUUCAAUGACACAGCUACAGUCCAAUAUAACGCAGGGAACAGCUAUAACUUUGAGGCAGCACAUAUGCAUGGCGACGACUUGCAGCUGACUGAAUGUGAGGUUUACAGAGUGGAGGAAUUGGGAGGUUGUUUGACAAAGACUUGGAGAAACAUGCAGUGGACCUCUGAGAGGAAACGGCAGUUGAAGGAGAAAAUCAAGAACUAUAAGCCUGAUGUCAAGUCAGUGAGUCAGGCCCGGGUUCUCCUCGUGGGUCCUGUUGGGGCUGGCAAGUCCAGCUUCUUCAACUCUGUCAACUCUAUCUUCAGAGGAAACAUGACCAGUCAGGCCAUCUGUGGCAGCGCAGGCACCAGCCUGACCACCCAGUUCCGUACCUUCACCAUCAAGUCGGGGAAGAGUGGUGAGCCUAUACCCCUGAUCCUGUGUGACACCAUGGGACUGGAGGAGGCGUCAGGAGCUGGCUUGGACAUGGAGGACAUAGUCAACAUUUACAAAGGCCAUGUUCAGGACCGUUACCAGUUUAAUCCCAUGACACCCUUGAGUGAAGAUGUACCUGGGUAUCGUAAGCAUGUCAGUCUGAAGGAUCAGAUCCACUGUGUAGUGUACGUGGUGGACGCCUGCAGAGUCUCUCUGAUGUCUGCCAAAAUUGUGGAGAAGUUUGCCGCCAUUCGCAAGAAGACCAAUCAGAUAGGUAUUCCCCAACUGGUGUUAAUGACCAAAGUGGACGAGGCCUGCCCCCUAGUGUCAGAAGAUCUACAGAAUGUUUAUAUGAGCCAUUACAUACAAAGGAAGAUCCAGGAGUUGAGUGCAUUCCUGUGUCCGGUAUUCUGCCAGUGAAGAACUACAGCCAGGAGCUGGAGCUGAAUCAGAACACUGAUAUCCUGAUACUCAGUGCUCUGGAUCAGAUGUUGAACUAUGCUGACAGCUUCUUUGAAAACCAGCCUGAGGAGGAAAAGGAAGAGCUCUAACCCUCUUCACAGUCCCACUGUCAAGUGUCAAUACUCUGAAGACAAAAAUGUUUUUUUUUUGCAAUCCCAUAUUAUUUUGUAACUGUGCAAGAUAUCCAUAUUAUUUUGGUACAAGUUAUCAUGCAAGUGGACAUUAUCAUUAUUUUUUGUGGAUAUUAUAACACGUUGCUCUUUCUUACUGCUAUCUUUACUUAGACAAUUGUUUUGUGAGCUUUUCACGUGACAUGAAAAACACCUGGCCCUAAUGUUCCUUUAACACCUUGAUUCAGUUUGUGAUAGAGCUUUGAUGUGACAGUGCAAAGCAAAUUCAAGGUCGCGUUUGCCUUCUUUCAAGCAGUAGUAACGUACCUAAACAAAGCAUGCAUGUACCAAUGCAAAUGGACUGUUCCCCAAUUGAGUAAAGGGUUAAAGGGAAAGGGUGGGGCCUAGUGAAUAAUCUUCUGACAAAGCAACUCUACCUGUGGACUGUUUGAAGCGUGGGAAAAUAAUCUAUUUACUCUCUCUAUAAGCGAAUGUCUAUUGUAUGCAAGUGCCCCAGAGCAGAGUAAAGUUGCAUCACUGUAAUUUGAAAGCAUUGUUUAUGUAGAGAGUUUUAACCUAAUAUCGUAUGUUAUUAAUUCUAUUCUUGGUAACGCUUUAGGCUUGGGUGAUGACACAAUGCACUGCAUUGUUGGUUGAUUGACAAAUUGAGUUGUUGUCCAGAGGACGAUAUAUUGCCUUUCUGUGGCUCCUGUCGCCAUAUUCACUGAACUAAGAUAAGACGCAACAUGACCAAUUCAGAGUGCCACAGUGUGUGCAUUCAAAAACAAUCAACAUAAAACAUGAGAUAAAGAGAGGUGUGGAGUCCUUGGAGUUACUACUGUAAAUUGGAAAGUAAACAAAAACAAAGGACUUAUUUGACAGGUGUUUUCAAGUUAAUGUCUCCGCAUGGUAUGUAAUUAUGAUAUUUCACACAUUCUAAAACCACUAAAAUCAUCUCUCACAGAUGCAUGUGCACACAUAUAUACACACACACACACAGGUAGUUUCACGUUUGUGGUUAUUUGUUUCAUAUAUAAUGUUUCCUAUAUUGUUCAAUACAUUGAUCCAAUCACAUUUCCUGUUGUGCAUUCCAGAGAUGUUACAUGCAGUAUGAAUAAUAAAGAUGACAAAAGUUUCCUCUGAGCUUGGUCAAAUGAGAACAAGAAUGCAAUAUUAGUACAUUUCAUGCAUUUGGAAAUAAGCAUAUAUUUCCAAUGUCUUUGAAAUUCCAGACAAGAAUGCAACAUUAUAUGCCAGUGGUUCUUUUAUGCACCAAAUCCCACAAACAAGCAGACAUUAGAAAUUAUAAGGAUUCAUGCAUGAGUAGGCAGACACAGACCCUCCUUUAUAUUGUGACCAAAGCUGGUUGGUACAUUGAACCUAUUGACUGCCACUCUGAAGGUUAAGUGAAAGGUAAAUCAGACACUGCCACUACCACUACGUUUAAGCAAAGCGGACAUAACUCACCGGCUAUUAGAUGACAGAGGGUCUGGUAUCAUGCAGUUUCCUGCCUGUGAAAAACCUAUUUGUCUCAAAGCCAUUUAUCACAAAGCAGUUGACCUUUUCUAGACUAGAAAUGGGUCAUACAGGAGUGGCCAUCUUUGAAUGGGCAUUUGUUGAUUUACCUUGAAGAUCUGGAAUAAAAUGUUAUUUGUAGAGAUACAUUAA